AUGAGGAAGAUGAGGAAAGUGUCUGUGGCUCCUUCUGUCGGAGGAGCAGCGAGCGCAGUGCUGAGGAUGAGCCUGACUGUACGUUCAUAGAUGAUGACUCCUCACCAUCCCUGGGUGGAUCUUUCCCCAGGAGAACCUGGGAGCACCGUCCAAGAUUUAUCAGCCUCACGGAGGAUCGUGCAGGGCCCAGAGGGGAUGCUACAGGCAAGAGUAAAUUUUUUGGCAGUGAUGAAGUGUUGGCCUUCAAUGAACUUUCUCAGACAAAGCACGGGCAUGUGCUUGAGAAUGGUGAAAUGGAUCCAGUGCGGCCGCUUGAGCGGCUCAGGGUGGAACUGGGGGGAGACCAUGACAUCCCAGACUGGGAGGAAGAUGAAAUUAAUUCCUUCUCUCUUUCUCCGGGGGAAAUGAAGACAUGGUCUGGCCAGCAGUGUUUCACAUUGCUAGAAGAUAAAAAAGAUGCAGAACUCGAAGCCAAGAAAGCCUGCGACUGGCUGCGAGCGGCGGGAUUCCCCCAGUAUGCCCAGCUUUACGAAGACUCAUUGUUCCCUCUCGACAUCGGCGCUGUGAAGAAGGACCACAGCUUCCUGGACCAGGAUUCCCUCAAAUCCCUGUGCAGGAGGCUGAUGACCCUGAACACAUGUGCCUCCAUGAAGCUGGAAGUCCACUUUCAGCGUAAACAGAAUGAAGACUCCGAGGAGGAAGACCUGUGUGCCAUCAGCGACCGGUGGGCUUUUCAGAGGGACAGCAAGAGGUGGUCACGGGUGGGGUCAGUCGAUGUCCUCUCCCAGGGCUCCGAGGUCCUGAGCUCCACCAUGCGGCUGGCGUCCAGCCGCGAGAGCGUCCUGACGGACCUCAGCACCAACCCGGAGGCCGUGUCCCUGCACAGCAGCGGCAGCACGGGCAGCACAGGUGGCAGGUUGGGCAUCGGGACCGUGCCACCUGGCCCCCCGUCCCCCAUCCACGCUGCCACCGCCGCCUCCAGCCGCAGCUUGAGUGAGCGCUCCUUGCCGGAGGAGCCCUCCAGCCGGGAUGAAGGCUCCAAGGAGAAGCCAAAGAAGCGACGGUCUCGCAGCUUCCUGAAGAGGAUCGAGUCCCUCCGAAGGAAGGACAAAGAGAAAACUGACCCGGACGAGAAGGUGGCCACACACGGCAACCUCACAGCCACAGCAGGAUGGGGCUCCCUGAAGACUAAUGGGGACCUUGCAGCCACCAAGGCCACCUCCCCUAAAAGAGGGACAUCUGGCUCUUUCCAUGGCAAAAAACACUUCUUCUCGGUAUCGUACAGGACUAACCGCUUGCUAGGCUCAGGCAGGAGCAAGGUGAGCUCUGCCUCCUCGAAACGCAGCGGGGUCUACCUGGAGGACUACAAAACCGACGCGACGGCCAGCGGCGACUGGGCUGCUGGAGACUGCCAGCACCGGCCGGCACACAGCGGGGACUGCUUGGUCUACAUCCCCCGGGACCACAAACCGGGCACCUUCCCCAAAUCCCUCUCCAUCGAGAGCUUGUGUCCCUUGGGCGGCAGCUCCCUGAGCCACUGGAAAUCGGGGAACGUGCCCGUGGGGCUGGUGGGAGGCGGUGGGGGUGGCAGCAGCAGCAGCGUGGAGGGCUCGUCCUCCCCGCGGGGUUUCGGCUGCCGGCGGCGACGGGGCUCCUGCAGCUCCUUGGGCAGCCGGGUCAGCGUGUACGACAACGUGCCCGAGUUUGGCAGCAGCGAGGACUUCUGCAAGGACGACGGGGAGGUGACCUACGAGAACCUCGACGACAUACUGCAGCACAUGUGGGGGCUGCAGCAGAAGUUGGACCUCUGGUAUAAAGCCAUCUCCCCUGACCUGGCUGGGGAGGAGGGGGGUGAGGAGGAAGAGGAGGAGGAGGAGGAUGAGGAGGAGGAAUCGGACUCGGGAGGGGAACCUUCCAACCUGCACUUCGAAGAGCAAUCCAUGUCGGACGUUGGGACUUCUGCCAGUGACUUUGACAGCACGGGCAACUCCCUCAAUGAGGCCGAGGAGACUGAGAUGCGGGAGCGCCGGGACUCGGGGGUGGGAGCAUCGCUCACCAGGCCCUGCAGAAAGCUGCGCUGGCACAGUUUCCAGAACUCCCACCGGCCCAGCCUGAACUCUGCCUCCCUGGAGAUCAACCGCCAGUCCUCUGCCCAGCUCAACCUGCUCCAGAAGUGCUCCCUGCUCCGUCUCACGGCCAUCAUGGAGAAGUACUCCGUGCCCCACAAGCAAGCCUGGACGUGGACCGUGCCCAAGUUCAUGAAGCGGAGUAAAGUCCCCGACUACAGGGACAAGGUGGUCUUCGGGGUGCCACCCAUCAUCAACGUGCAACGGACGGGGCAGCCCCUGCCCCAGAGCAUCCAGCAGGCGAUGCGCUACAUCCGCAGCCAGUGCCUGGACCAGGUUGGCAUUUUCCGAAAGUCAGGGGUGAAGUCCCGGAUCCAGGUGCUCCGGCACAUGAAUGAAACCAGCCCCGACAACGUCAACUACGACGGGCAGUCGGCGUACGACGUGGCUGACCUGCUGAAGCAGUAUUUCCGUGACCUGCCGGAGCCCAUCUUCACCAGCAAGCUGACGGACACCUUCCUGCAGAUAUACCAGUUUGUGUCAAAGGAGCAGCGGCUCCAGGCGGUGCAGGCGGCCGUUAUCCUCAUGCCGGAUGAGAACCGGGAGGUGCUGCAGACCCUGCUCUACUUCCUGAGCGACAUCGCCUCAGCGGAGGAGAACCAGAUGACCGCCGGGAACCUGGCUGUGUGCCUGGCCCCCUCCAUCUUCCACCUCAACGUGUCCAAGAAGGAAAGCACCUCACCGAGGGUGAUACAUAAGAGGGGCACCAUGGGGAAGCCUGACCAGAAGGACCUCAACGAGAACAUGGCUGCAACGCAGGGGCUCUCCCACAUGAUCACCGACUGCAAGAAGCUCUUCCAGGUGUCCCAUGACAUCUUGCUCCAGCUGAGCAGCUCGUAUAUGGCAGCAGAUGCUUACCCCCAUCCCCUGGCUGACUUCGUGUGUCAGGGGGAAACCAAGGAUUUACACUCCUACUUUGAGCAGAGUGUCCAGAACCUGCUCAAAGAGUCAUCGGAGAAAUUCAAGGGCUGGCUGAGCACCCCAGGGCCCCUGAACACAGAGCUGUCCUGCAAAAAGGUUGGGGAUGGGCACCCUCUGCGCUUGUGGAAGGUCUCCACGGACGUCGAGGCCCCUCCUGCCACGGUGCUGCACCGGGUGCUUCGGGAACGUCAUCUCUGGGAUGAGGACCUGCUGCAGAGCAAAGUGGUAGAGGCUCUGGACAAGAACAUGGAGGUCUACCACUACGUCACGGACAGCAUGGCGCCCCACCCACGCAGGGACUGCGUGGUGCUCCGGCGCUGGCACACGGACCUGCCACGGGGAGCCUGCCUGCUCAUCUCCAUCUCGGUGGAGCACGACAAGCUGCCGGUGGAAGGAGGUGUCAAAGCCAUCGUGCUGACCUCCCAGUACCUCAUCGAGCCCAGCGCCAUGGGACGCUCCAAAGUGACCCACAUCUGCAGAGCUGACCUCAGGGGCCGGUCUCCUGAGUGGUACAACAAGGUCUUUGGCCACCUCUGCGCCAUGGAGCUGGCGAGGAUCCGAGACUCUUUCCCAGCCCUGAGUCCCAAUGGCCCCGAGACGAAGAUCUGAGGCUCCAGAGAAGAUGCUCUGUCCUGUCUAACAUGGACUUGCCGGUGGAUCCGGGCUGGGGCUCUUGGAGGGGAGUGCCAUGCAGGCAGCUGGCGAUGGAGGGGGAGGCAGAGGCUGGCACGCUCGCAGGCACAUAUUUAUAAGCAUCCUUUUACCCUGGGCUGGGCAUUCCCCAUCCCACCAUCCUGCUGCUGCUUCAGCCACCCCUUGCUCAAGCGUGCCGUGCAGCAGGUUGUCCAUGGAGGUGAAGCCCUGCAGCCCGUGGUCCCUGCAGGAGGAAUUGGGGAACAGCAGGAAAAAGAGGGGAGCUGUGGGGGUGACCCCCUCCCCUGGAAGGCAUCCUGUGGGCAGGGCUGGGAAAGCAGCUGGCCCUGGUUGAGCUGGGUCCCCCCUCGCCGUGUGAGCUGGGAGCAUCCGUGGGGUUGAAGGUGCAUGGAGUGGAGCGGCAGGGUGUGGAAGUGUGGGAGAAGUGAGGGGGAAGGACAGUGCCACGUCUGUAGGUCACAGCACUGUCGGGAAGUGAAGGGUGGGCAGCGAGGGGUGGAUUGUGCAGUGUCACCUGGCAGGGACAGCCAGGGAGUCGCUGCGAGAACCUGUUUGGUGGUGGAAGAGGAUGCUGUUCUGGGGAACAGGGGGGCUGCAUCUGGAUACUGAGCCCUGGUGGAGUGGCAGAAGGAACCUAUUGCUGUUAUCUUUGGUGCUUAAUUUCAUAGGAGGAGAAAAAGCCCUCCAGUCCUGGACCUUGCUCUUACUCUGCUUUUUCCCCCUCUCUUGUGCAUUCAGUUUCAGUGGGGGCUGGAUGGAUGAUAUUCCAAGCUAACCCAGCCCCAUGAAACCAGUCUACCCAUGGUUUGGAGGGGGAAGGACACGUCCAGAGCCCCAGAGCAGCUGUCCUGGUAGUUGGCUACAGUCUGGGAAGGGGCAAUGCCCCACUGGGCUAGUUAUGAGGAGGAACUGAGGGAUGGAGGGAGGGACACAGCCAUCACAGCAGCUUUCUAAUUCCUUGCUGCUGUUGGGAUCCCUGUUGCACUGCCCCAGAGAGGGGAGGAGGGCAGAGCAGCCUUGUCAAUACCAUGGCAGCUUUGGCCAAGGCAGGGUUGUGCACAACCCAGCUCACCAGCAAGGAAAACAUGGUAGCCCAAGCCAAGACCAACCUCAGUCCCAUCCUGGCCUCUGCAGUAAGGUGGGGAGGUGGAGUUGUCCUGGAUUUGCCCCUCACUGGUGGUGGAGCCCGUGUCCCUCCUGGAUGCAGAGCUGCCUCCCUGACGCUACUCCCUGCAGAGAUUGUCCCUUCCCCUUCCCAUCCCUCCUUUUCCCCUGCAGAGAAACCCUCUGCCGUAGCUAACAGCACCCGGGACUCGACCUGGUUUCUCCCUUCAGGCAGGGACCCAAGUUACCAGACAUCGUUCCAACUGGAAGGCAAUAUGACCCACGCGGGGGAGCCAUUCCCAGUGUCA